CAUGGCCUCGUACCUGAGAAUAACACACGGUGUUAAUUGUCAAUUCUGUCUGAAAAUUACACUGAGUGUUAUUUCCACAUUCUGAGGCUGCUGCUUACAUGGGGCUAGGUGGAUACGGCCGCAGAAUAAUUGGACCGCCAUUGCAACGCCUACUUUUGUAGGCCUACACUGAAUGGCCUACUGGAAGGAAAAUUUGCCAUAGUUUGGAUAAAGUAAAUUAACAUCUUGUCAUCCGAUUGGAAUGAAUUGUUGGGUAAAAUGGGAAUAACAGUGUUAAAUUUUAUUCCAUAUGGUCCAGGACAUUUACACAUUGCCUCAGCGACAAUUGUAGAAACUGUGAAUACCUGAGGACCAGAAUAAUUGGACGGUCAUUGUAACGCCUACUGAAAGGCCUGCUGAAGAUUGGCAGUAGUUUUGGAUAAAGUAAAUUAACAUCUUGUCAUCCGAUUGGAAUGAAUUGUUGGGUAAAAUGGGAAUAACAGUGUUAAAUUUUAUUCCAUAUGGUCCAGGACAUUUACACAUUGCCUCAGCGACAAUUGUAGAAACUGUGAAUACCUGAGGACCAGAGCUGUAAUUAAGGACACAUUAACAAUACAUCAUAAAAUAAACACAGUUUCUAAAGCUUACAUGCAGGGAAUAAAAUACUGGGCAGCUGUGGAACAUUUCAGACCGUUAUAGGGACAUUUAGUAAUAACGACGUCGCUGUUGAAGGCCGAUGGUGCAUGAUGGAGAAAUCGCGUAGCAAGGUUCCCGCAAAAGGAAAGUUAACUGCGGCGACGAAAAAAACAGAAACUCCUGAUGCACACAAAAAGAAAGGAGAAUCUGUUGCAUCCCUUCUUUCUGAUAUAGAUGCACUCACAAAUGAAAUGAUGCUAAAAAAACGGAAAAAUUAUGGUAAAAAAUAUGCAACAAAAAUUUUCCGUGUUGGUUCCACAGAUGCAAAGACAGGGUCAAGACACGUGCAUUCUUCAAAACAUGUGCCUUAUAAAAGAAGAGAGCAAGCUGCAACCAUGGAUGGAAAUUAUUCUGAUUCUGAUGAUUGUGAUUUACAACCAACAACAUCAUUUGAAGUCACUAAUGAACAUGUUUCUGUUGACAAAGAACUUCUUGAGAUAUUAGAAAGCUGCGAUGAUCUCAUUAGAGAAUCUGAAGCAAAACUUGUCAGACAGCCAAAGCAAACAUGGUUUGAAAGAAGAGAUGCUGCAUUGACAAAAUGGGAAAGCAGUAGAGAAAGCAUUUUGGAAACAUCAAUUUGUGAAAAAGCCUUUUCCAAAAAAAGUUGUUCCUAUUGUAAGAAGAGAGCAGCCCUGAUAAAUUGCAAUCAAUGUAGAAAACAUAAAUAUCUUUGUUUUCUAUGCGAUGACAUAGUACACUCUUUGGCACCUCUUCACGAUAGAGCUGUUUUCAUCGAAAAUCAAAUGCAGAAAAUCACGCCACUCCAAGGACUCACAGAGAAAGGAAUCAUAGUGGAAAUAAAUCGCUGUCCUAUAAUGACACUACCUAGCAAAUGUGCUAAAUGUGGUAUGCAUGGACAAUGGAGGAAGCUUCCUAGCAACCAGAAGUGUAUAUUGGUCAAUUGCCGCGGACGAUUUGAUCUGAAUAAAUUUCAGAUCGAAUGCUUGAAUUGCAGUUUUUGCUCUGAUCUAUUUGAUGAUGUGUGCCAACUAAUUAGAUCUCGAUACUGGCCAGGAAGUGUUGGCACAGUUUCUUAUUUAUUCGACGAAGAUAUGUUCGAAAGCUGGGAAAGCUUUAUGCUGCGAAUGCCAGGCUCAUCUGAGCAUGGAUUCAUUGGUAGCUUGGAAGACAUCUCACAAUAUAACAACAGGGUUGGUCAUAUACAAAGAGAUGCUUUCUCGCAAGCAUUCAAGGAAUUCAAAUUUCUGAAGUAUGAAUUGAAUUUGCUGCAAGGAAUUGCACCUUUUGAAUGCCCACCUUGUAAAAUUGACCAGCAUUCCGCAAUCUUUGAUGGAAAUAUGAAAAUGUAUCGUUAUAAGUCGGCUGGCAGGGCCAUGAGGAAUUCCUUUUAUGGGUCAGCAUUUGUAUGCAAUAAACACGAUGUUGGCACAGUCAUUGAUAAAAUUUACAAUAAAUCAAACAAUUCAACGCAGGAGGCCGAAAGUGCUUUGUGUGGCUCCACGCAGUGGCUAGCUGCACGCAAUGUGUGUCAAGAAGGGAGAUCAAGAGAUGAAACUGGAAUAGAGUUAAUGAGCUGCAGACAUUGCAUUGCACUCAAAGCAGUUAAUAUGUAUAGGGGAGAAAUCUUUGGCUAUGCAUAUUAUUUGCAAAAAAAUUAUGCACCAAAAACGAGGUUUUAUUUCAGCGAUGUUGCUUGUCGGUAUUCAAAAUGGCUUCGUAAAGUUGAUUACGACCUUUACUGCUCACAGACUCCGGCAAUCGGUAUGAUGCAUGUCAAAGGGCACCCAGCUUUUUGCGAGGUUUUAUAUGGAGGGCUGUGGACGGAAGGUAGUGGAUAUACGAUUGGCGAAGAAGACGAACAAAUAUUUAGUUAUUUGUCAAGAACAGGGUCAACAAUAAAGCACAUGCUCCCAGAACACAGGGAUGAUGCCAUAACUGAAUUUGCCAUGUAUUGGAACAAAAGAAAAGUCGAUAAGAUGGCAGAAUUAUUGCACAGGCGAUUCAAACAGGUUUGUCAGAAGGAACGCAAAGCAAUUGACGAUAUAAAUUUAAAAUCAUCUGAAGUUGACCAAAGUCGCGCUCCUUUGUGGAAAAAUGAAGCUGUUGCUCUGGCACAAGUUUCACAAAAUGCUCUUGUUGAUGUCAACAUUUCGCAAAUCGAGGAGCUGAUCCUGCUGGCUAUCCAGCUGAAUUGCCAAAACAAGCUUACACCACCUCAGGGACGGGUGGUGCCGCUUUCAAUGAUUGAAAGGCUUCGGGUAAACAAUUUGAAAUUGCGUAUUUUGGCCAAGCCGCUCAAUAAGCUGUUAAAUAAAUAUGAAAUGUUGGAUGCAAAGUUCUUCAGUGAAUCGCACCAAGUGUCGGAGAAUGAAAUCAGGGAUUGCGUUUGCCGUCUUAUCCCCGUAUAUCAGCAGAAGCUUCAAGGUUUAGUGUACUCUAAUCUCCACAUCUCCCAGAACAUCAAUCGACUAGCAGAUUCCUCCAAAAAAAGGCGAAAAUUACGAUUGAAGGUAGCCAACCAGAAAUCUUUGUUAAAGGACUUGGUGAAUGAAUACAAUUCACAAAUCCUUGCCAUGGACCUUGCCGGAGACCAUCCUGUAUGUAAAAUGGAGGAUGUCGAAAAGCAAAAGUUUCCUUGGCAUAAAGAGUCAUCGAAGGAUGCUACUGUUGAUCCCGAAGUUAAACAAGAGCUUCUUACGAUUCAUUUACUCGUCGAGAGAAUAAAAGAGGAAAAGGUAUUGCUGCGUUCAGAGAUGCACAACUACCUUACCUAUUACAAAGAUUUGGUCAUUCCGCCACUCAAAGAGAAAGCUGCCCACCUACAAGAGCUUCUAAGCCAACUUUGCAGUUGUGAUGCGUCUUCUAUGGAUGCAGGAAUUUCAACUGGUUGUGACUGUGGAAUUAAAAGAGGGGAAUUGUCUUUGAUCUUGCAAGGCAUCUCAUAUGCAAUCGAGCAAAUAAAGAGAGGACAAAUAUGGUUCAAGGAUAUUUUGGCAAGCUCUGAGAAAGUACCUAGUUUCAUCCAAGAAUUUCCAAACGUGGAUGAGCUGUUUGACCCUGAUUCUUCGUCCGAUUCUGAACUAAGUGUUGACUUUAACUUUGAUGACGAACAUUGAGUAAAUGUAAGAAUAUACGGUAAAUGUAUUUUCUCAAAAAAGAUUCUGUUUAAAGGCUGAUUCUGUUCAAGGGCUAUUGCGCUCAAAACCUUUCAUUGGCUGAGUGAUUCAAAUCCUCCAUGGCUUGCUCAUCAAUUAGACUUCAAGAUUUUGAGAAACGCAACCCCGAUUAAAUUUUAGGUAUUUUGCAUUUUUUGCCAACCCUGGCUUGAUACUGGUCGUGUUUUAAUAGAGUACAAUCAGAAUCCGCAUUAAAGAAACAGGCCUCUUUUUCUUUAAAAGCUGCUCAUUUUACAAGAAAAAUUUUUAGACCCGAAAUUGAGAUAUUUCUUAUUAUCAAGUAUAAACAGUCUUUUUUAUAUUCUCUAUUUAUGCUCUACGAUAGUUGUAGUAUGUGUGUUCUAUUGAUAUGAAAAGUUAUAUUGUAGAUUAUGUAUUAUACACUACUACCAGUAAUAUUGAUUACUCGUCCAUGGAAGGUACUGUCAUAUAGCUUGACUUGAUUUGACUUGACAGCACCGAUUGAUAAGAAACUUAGAUCCUGAUGAUGAAAGUUUCUGUUAACAAGAAACUCCUAGAAUAGAAUAGUAAUGUAAAACUUGCCGACAGAGGAAGAUAUGAAAGUGUAAACCUAAUUUUUCUUUUUUCAAAUCGAUAGUUUUAUAUAUUUAUAUGAACAGCCGUUUUAUGAAGUAAAUGUUAACCGAGAUUAACUGGGAAGUUAUUAUUCGUUCUGCCACAAUAGUUCUUCAGUAAUGAUAUUAAAUAACGAAACAUUUUUCUUUUCCCCAGUCUCAAACAUGCCUUUUCUUUGUAUGAUAUCCUAUUUCAGCCUUUUGUUAUGAAGAAUCAAUUGUAAUCACAAACCGUGGCAUUAUUUCUUUGUGAGCAACCUGAUUGACACAAAUCAAAAUUACGAAUUAUCCUGUGACAUGAAAUAUUGCUGGGACUUGGCAAACUAAACGUUCUUUGUUUUUGUUGCAAGCCAAUUGAGACUGGCCGUUAACCGCAAGGUGGACGCUUUGACUCAUUGGUCAUUUUAUUGUUUUUGCUUUUGUUGCAAGCCAAUUGAGACUGGCCGUUAGCCGCAAGGUGGACGCUUUGACUCAUUGGUCAUUUUAUUGUUUUUGCUUUUGUUGCAAGCCAAUUGAGACUGGCUGUUAGCCGCAAGGUGGACGCUUUGACUCAUUGGUCAUUUUAUUGUUUUUGCUUUUGUUGCAAGCCAAUUGAGACUGGCCGUUAGCCGCAAGGUGGACGCUUUGACUCAUUGGUCAUUUUAUUGUUUUUGCUUUUCUUGCAAGCCAAUUGAGACUGGCCGUUAGCCGCAAGGUGGACGCUUUGACUCAUGGGUCAUUUUAUUGUUUUUGCUUUUGUUGCAAGCCAAUUGAGACUGGCCGUUAGCCGCAAGGUGGACGCUUUGACUCAUUGGUCAUUUUAUUGUUUUUGCUUUUGUUGCAAGCCAAUUGAGACUGGCCGUUAGCCGCAAGGUGGACGCUUUGACUCAUUGGUCAUUUUAUUGUUUUUGCUUUUGUUGCAAGCCAAUUGAGACUGGCUGUUAGCCGCAAGGUGGACGCUUUGACUCAUUGGUCAUUUUAUUGUUUUUGCUUUUGUUGCAAGCCAAUUGAGACUGGCCGUUAGCCGCAAGGUGGACGCUUUGACUCAUUGGUCAUUUUAUUGUUUUUGCUUUUGUUGCAAGCCAAUUGAGACUGGCCGUUAGCCGCAAGGUGGACGCUUUGACUCAUUGGUCAUUUUAUAAAUAAGGCUUCUGACUUGCCUGAAUUAAACUUUGAACCAGUGACGUAAUGGAGUUUUCCUUAGCCCUUAUUUUUUUUUUAUUGGGCUUCCAGAUAAAUAUAAAAUAUAUCGACAAAAAUGUAUAAAGUUAUGCUGCAUUAAAAUUUUAGAAGUUCUUUUGCAUAUUUUGUAUAAAUGUCUAAUGACGGAAAUAAUGUAGUCAAGUGUUAGCUUUUGUCAACCUGAAUUGGGUUCAAGGAAAAUAAAUUUGUUCUUAAAGAAAGAAUAAUUUAACUGGAGAAUUAAAUGGAAAGAAAUUAUUUUGUAAAUUUUCAGUCAUUGCAAAAAAGUUUUUUAGUGUUUCGUUUUUCGUAAAGAACCAGAAUUUCAUUUUCCGCACAUUUUAUAUGAUGUAUCGAAUCUCCCUAACUCCACAGACGUGGUUCAUAAGAAAGUUCGGAAUGGUUCCAGUACCCUAACUUUCUUUGAAGUAUUGAUAACAAAAAUGAACUUUAUUGCUCUUUUAACUUUUUAAAUUGACCAAUAAAUGGUGAUUUACAAUGACCUUCAAAUUGCUGAGAUUUGGCCUUGAUUUAGCUGCAUUCGUAUUCUCGAUUAGUUUGUAAAGACCAUAUACAAAGAACAUAUCUCUGGUAUAGAGUACCACAGUGAUGACGCCAUAAAAAUCUUUUUUGGUUUUUUGAAUUUUUUCCCAGAAACUUAAAGUGCAUCAUAAAAUACCGCUAAAUACGCAAAAUCAGGUAAAGGUAUUACGAAUUUGCUGAGAUAUGGCCACAUGAGCAAAGGCCCUUGCCCCAUCGAACAUCAAACCAUCGUAACGUUAUGACCCAGGCCAGAUUAAACUGUUAGCAAACUGAAAAUCUUUUAUUGGCCAUCUCUCGUCAAAUUUUUUAAACAUAUCUAACUGAUCUUGCACAUUGAGAGGUAUCUUGUGCUGUUCUUUCAGAUUAUGUGGUCAAAUUU